AUAUACUUAAACAACAUUAUUUUGAAUUUAAUAGUUUAGAUAAAGGAAAAGUUAAAAUUAGUAUAUCUACUAAUGGAAAAAAAACAACAAUACAAAUUGAAAAAAUUAAACAAAAAGAUAAAUUUAAUCAAUUAGUUGAAAAAAAAUUACCUG